ACUUAACCUAUGACUAAUCUGUCAUAAAUAAAUUUGGCAAUCUCAAUUUUUUUCAUACAUAUCAAUUUGAAAUGCUUUUUAAAAUAUAAUAUUUUAUCACAUCCAUACAAAUACAAAAUAUCUAUAUAGAUAAAACAUGGCAUCUUCUCAAGACGCUUGGUAUCUUUCCCUGUUGGGAUUAGCAGAGUAUUUUAGAACUUCCAGUCCUCCUAUGAUAAAACAUUGUAUUCAAUGUUUACAAGCUGUAUUUAACUUUAAGCCGCCUCAAAGAGUAGAAGCUAGAACACAUCUGCAGUUGGGAAAUAUUCUAUUAACUCACACGAAAAAUAUCGACUUGGCGAAGAACCAUUUGGAACAAGCAUGGAUGCUCUCUCAGUCUAUUUCAUCAUUUGAUGAUGUAAAAUUUGAAGCCGCUAGUAUAUUAGCUGAUUUACUUGAACAACAAAAUCAAAUAGCUGCCUCGAAACCUAUUUUAAGGAAAGCAAUUGAACUCUCACAACACAAUGUUUAUUGGCAUUGUCGAUUAAUAUUUCAACUAGCUCAAAUACAUGCCAUAGAAAAGGAUUAUACUUUGGCCAGUAGUUUGUUAGGUGUGGGGGUUGAUUAUGCACAUCUUUCAAAUGCUUAUUACACUAGGAUUUUAUUUGUGUUAAGCAAAGGCAUGUUGCUAUUAAUAGAUAAGAAGCAUCAAGAGGUUCAGCCUGUACUAACUCAAGCUGGCCACUUAAUUGAAACAUGGACAGGAGCAGCAUAUCAACGAGAAUAUUUAAAAGUUUACUUUUUGGUUCUUCAAGUAUGCCAUUAUCUUAUGGCAGGACAAGUAAAAGGUGUGAAGCCAUACUUGAAACAGUUACAACAAAGUAUACAAGCUAUAAUGCAAACUGAAGAUGUGUUUACAGGUUUAAGUCAAGGAGACAUGUUUUUAUGGAUGCCUAAAGAACAUUUAUACGUACUAGUGUAUCUUUUAACUGUUAUGCACAGUAUGCAAGCUGGUUAUAUGGAAAAGGCACAAAAAUACACAGAUAAAGCUCUGAUGCACAUAGAGAAGCUUAAAAGUAGAAAUUUUUACAUUUUACUAAUUUCAACACCUCUAUCUUGUGUCAUAGUUUUAGAUAAUAAACCCAUUCUUUCAGUGUUCCAGUUAAUGUUACUGGAACACAUCAUAAUGUGUAGAUUGGUAAUGGGUAACAAAACACAAGCUCUUCAAGAAAUAUCAUCUGCAGCUUCUUUAUGCAGACAAAAUUCUAAGCUGCUUGAAACUCAUGGGGCACAGCUCCAUACUUUACUUGGACUCUAUUCGAUGAGCAUGGAUUGUAUGGAAGAGGCAAAAAAUCAAUUCUUAGCCGCUUUAAAUACAUCACAUGAAAGAGAAUUAUGGACUUUUGCUAAUCUGAAUUUAGCUAUUGUCUACCUCAGAGGAAAGCGUGAAAUUGAAUUCAAUGCUCUAUUUGACAGAAUUAAUCCUGAAAAUCUGCCUUCUCAAUCUCAUAGUUUGAAAGCUGCAGCCUAUUACGUACAAGGCUUACAGGCUUUCUUUCAAACCAGAUACAAUGAAGCAAAGAGAUAUCUAAGGGAAACCCUUAAAAUGGCUAAUGCUGAAGAUUUAAACAGGCUAACUUCUGGCUCUUUGGUGUUAUUAGGACAUAUAUUUCUUUCCCUGGGCAAUAGCAGGGAGAGCAUGAAUAUGGUAACUCCGGCUAUGCAGCUGGCUAGCAAAAUACCUGAUGUGCAUGUCCAAAUUUGGGCCUCAGCUAUUUUAAAAGAUUUGCAUAGAAUAUGUGGAGAUUCGGCAAGGGAGAAUGAAGCUUAUCAAAGACAUGUCACUUUUUCGCAAAUGCUGAUGCAGGAUCAUUUUCAAGCAUCACAAAUGCCUGAACAUAGUUUAAUCAGAUGGACGCAAGGAAAUCUUCCUGAAUUACCUUCUAGUGUAGCCACAAACACUUCUAGUGGAUUAGCAGCUGCCAUGGGACUUAUGAGAUCAUAAAUAAAUUGACAUUAAGUGUAAAAAUUGUAAAAUAGUUUUUUUACUUGAAAUAAAGGACAUAAUUUGAUAUAGUACAA